CAGAAACAUACACAAAUUUGUUAUUAGUGUCCUUUGGGCUAUCAUCAAAUGAACAUCUAAACUGAAUUCGUGUACAGAAAUAUCGUGUACAGAAUUAUUAUAUUCGCUCAUAUAUCUAGCAUUAUUUCUAAGUAAAUAUAACGAUUAAAGUAUUUUAUAACUGUUAAUUACAUCAGUAUAUUAUGUCCGAAAUAACUAACGCCUUGUAUAAAUUAGAUGAAUUAAACACAGAAAAUAAUUAUAGUCAGUUUUUCAAUCCGAAUAUCUGUCAUGUCUGCAAGAGGCCAAGUCAAGGCGAAUUAAUGCCAUGUGGUUCAUGCGACAUGGUCUUUUAUUGUUCCAAAGAGCAUCAAAUAAUGCAUCAAAGUUCGCAUAUGGAAAUCUGUAUAGUUAUUAUAUUUGCAAGAACAGGAGACUUGGAAUCAAACGCUAGUUCUUUUAACUCAGAUGAUGAAUGGAGGUCAUCUCGAAAGACAUUUAUGCAAGGAAUUCAGGUGAAAAUGACACGUGAUCUAAAGCCGUACGAGAAAGAGAUGAUAAUGUGCGCAAAAUCAUGUCUCAUUUGUCAUCAACAGAUUAGCCUGCGAACUUGCAGGACCUGCUAUUCCGCCAAUUAUUGCGACGAGCACCAAUGGGAUUUUAAAGAAAAACACGAUUCAAUGUGCAAGGAGUUAUUGGUAUUCCUAAAUUUCAAUAUUUUAAAAGUAUGCAACGAUCAUAUAAAUACGUAUCUACCAGAAAUGAAGCUUGCCCAAAUAACAAUAGAUUUUUAUGACAUGAUUACGUUUGUUAAUCAAUACAUUCAUAAACGCUAUUUAAUCACGGGAGCUUGGAGUAAGUAUUGUUACAUGUUGUCGAAUUUAAUAUCAGCUCCACUGACUCUAUUGUACGGAUUAAAGGAAUUCGCAAAUAUAUUUGAACAAGCACAGAUUUAUAGAGAAGAAUAUAAACUUAUUAACAGUCACAAAAGUUUUUUCUUCAUCGUACAUAUCAUAGGUGCGAGUUCAGCAGAUAUAAUGGGCUUAUCAUCAUGGGAGAUUUUCUUACAUAUUUUCAAUAAACAUAAAUUUUCGAAAAAUAAAAUUAUGGAAUUAAGAGUUAUAUUGGUAGUACCAGAAACGGAUUGUGACAGGAAUGAAUAUUACGAUGUUUGCAGAGAAUGCGUCCGAACAAAUAAGCAGCUAUAUCUUGGAAAUGCAAGUGUGUCAUAUGAGGAAUAUAUUCGCACAAAUUUGUAUAAGCAAGCAAAUAUCAUUAUUGCACUUCAAGCAGAAUUUAGUAUGGGGAGUCCAAUGUUAGAUAUUUUCAUCAAAACACAAGAUCGUACAUGUCCGUUUUUUUUCACAACUGCGUCACAAAAUAAAGCAGAAGAGAGCAUAAAGAAGAUUCAAGAAGUCAUGAAUGUUCCUAGAGAACAUCGUUCUAUAGAAAAUAAAUUUCGGAGUUAUAAACCAUACAGAAAUUACGAGACUGUUUGGGAACGGUUUCGAGGUUACGUUUACUUAUUAUACUUUCCUUUUCUACUCUAACAAGUUCGAAUGGUCACAGCAUUAAUAAUUGUAUCGCUCUGCCUUAGGAACGUUUAUAUUAAAUUUAUGUUAUACGAAAAAAAUUUUAUACGGCUGUUGAUAAAUGCCUCACAUAUGUUACAGUAUCAACGGUCUUAAGACUUGGCUCUUCAGCCAAGCUGGUACGCCAAAAUGUAUCUAAGCUGAACAGAAAAUCAAGAUCUGAUUAUUUUCUCGUUAGUUUGAUUUUCAUUGUGAUUUUAUAUUCUACUUGAACAUAAUUGUAUUUGCAACUUAGUUAUAAUUGUUUCCGCAAUUUCUCAACAUUAUUCUUUAUUAUAUUAUAUUCUUUAUUAAAUUUCAUAAUAUUCACGAAUAAAUAAUCACUUCGUUGAUAAAACAUACAUUCACUUUUAA